CACUGUGCUGCAGGGAGCGGGGUAGAGAGUGCCCACUGUAGUGGACCGGUUAUCAGUCCGCUUCUAGGUACUCGCAUAUUCUCGCUGCUCAAACUUUUUGCCAAGCUCAGUUUGUUUUUAAAGCUGCAGUCGAGCUGAGCUGCGCAACAGACGAUCGCAGAGCGUCGAGACGCAAAAAAAAAACAAAGGAGACGAAUUAUACUUAUAAAUAUAUAUAUCUACAUCAAUAUAUAUAUAAAGCAGCAGCUAAACGAGUUUCCCUCUCCGCAGUAAUUGGUCGGCAUGUCGUGCAAAUAUUCAUCAGCAAUGCUGCUUCUGCUGGGCAGCUGCCUAAGCCUUUGUCUGUUCUUCACACCCGCUGCCUCGAGCGGACAGCGCAUUGUAGACUAUGGCCAUGUGGUCUUCGGCAGUCGUUCUGGCUUUGAUAACCAGAUACAAAGCAGAUCUGGAGGGGUGCCCGCAGUCCAGAAUAGAAUCGCUCAACGCACGGCUGUCGCAGCUGGGCAGCCAGCACAGCAACAAUUUUCCGCCCAAUCGCCAGCUCCAGCUCAAGCUCAGGCUCCGUCUGCACCUGCAUCUGCAUCUGUAACUCCUGGCGUAACAGUUCUUGGCAUCGAUGGUUCAACCGGCAAAUCAGCUGCUGGUCAAUCGAGAGGCUCGUCGGGUCCAGCACGUCCGCCGGCGCAGUUCAAUUACCGUGAACGCUUCAGCUCCACACUCUUUCAGCCUAUCUCGCGUAGCAAUAUAAACCGCAAUGUCGUCUACUCACCUUCCUCGGUGCACGGUAUCUUGGGCAUGCUCUUCGGCGUCUCCAGUGGAGAAACUGCCACCGAACUUCGACUGGCUGGCCAAUUUGAACAAGAUCAACUGAGCGUGGCUAAGGACUUUCAGCGAGUAAAUAAUCUGGAGCGCGAGCUGCAGAAUGCUCAACUAAUUGUGGCCAACAAGCUGUUCUUCAAUCAUGAACUAGCUGUGGUCAAUCCCGAUUAUGCACGCUACGCUCGUGAGUUCUAUAACUCGGAGAUUGAACCGGUCAACAUGAAGCGUUCAAGCAAUACCGCUGCCAGAAUUAAUGCCUGGUCAGCAGAUGCCACACGCAACAUUAUACGCGAGCUGGUCACCCCGAACGAUAUUGAUGAUGAGACACAAGCAUUGCUGGUCAAUGCCAUUUACUUCAAAGCACGUUGGGCAAACGAGUUUUCAGCUAUGGAUACAACGCCGGAGAAGUUCCGUGUCAAUAGCAACAAGGCCAUCACAGUGCCCAUGAUGUACAACGACGAUGUGUUUGCCUAUGCCGAACUACCAGAGCUAGAUGCCGUAGCGCUCGAGUUACCCUAUGCCGGCACUCAGGUGUCAAUGCUAUUCAUACUUCCGAACCAGGUGGAUGGUCUCUCACAGCUGGAACGGCAACUGCAACGUGUAGAUCUCAAUCAGAUUGCGGCACGCCUACGUCGAGAAAUGGUUGCAGUGCGAAUACCGAAAUUCCGCAUUGAAUUCGAACAGGAUAUGACGCGUCCGCUGCAGGAGUUGGGCGUGCGUCGCAUGUUCACUGCCAACUCGCAGGUAGAUGCCAUGCUAAUGCGUCCUGUAAAGGUGUCAAAGAUACUGCAAAAGGCCUUCAUUGAUGUCAACGAGGCGGGCUCCGAGGCAGCAGCCGCCACCUUUGCCAAAUUUGUGCCCUUGCUGCUGCCAAUGAAAUCACGCGAAUUUACUGCCGAUCAUCCGUUCCUGUUUGCCAUACGCACACCUGACUCGGUGCUCUUUAUUGGGCAUGUGGUCCAGCCGCCACAGGUGAACGCGAGACAGUAGAACCGUCCCUAGCUUCUAAGUUAAGUGUACGCAUUUGCUAUUUGUAAUACAUACUCGUAAUUUUUACUUUUAUUGUAAUACACACACAUAUACACACACGUAAUUCGCAUGAUUCGUGUUUAUAUUCU